GGGCCGACCACGACUGCACCGGGUCUCUCGAGAAUACGCCGGGAAAUCUGUCCCGCGUCUUCGCCGUUUUUAUUUUCGGCCGGGUUCACCGUUUUCCGCGUCGAAAAAGUGAGUACGAACCUUUAUUAUAUACUCGCAUUGUACACACGUAGUUAGGCUAAGGAUUAGAUGGGAUUUUAUUCUUCUCCCCUUUCCUCCCGCCAUUUUAAGGGAUAAACAUACAAGAAAUACAAUAUUGAAUCACCCAUACGUAAUCGAACGGCGAAUUUUCAGCUUCAUUAAAGUGUUUACUUUUCAGAAUUACCUACUAUUAAUAUAGAAUAAUAAGAAUUUCGCAAAUUUCUCUGACGGUACCUCAACAAUGUCACUCUUGACCACGAAGUUCUAAAGUAAUAUUGUACUCCAUAAUUAAAGUUAUAUGUUUUUAAAAUUCAUUAUAUUUUUUUUUUAAAUUCUAAAUAGUGAGAAAAGCAUGAAAAUCGUCUACACAAUAUUAUCUAUAAUACCUAUAAUAAUUGCAAAUUAACAUAAUAACAUUAUAGUUUAUUAUAAGCAUAAAUUAUAGAUACCUACCUGCCACCAAGCACAUACACUUGGAGAGGUUGGUUAGCUGUUACAUCUCCUACUCAAAAUUUUAAAAAUGGUGUUUCUAACGUUCUAUAAUUUAAAAUGUAUUACUUAUGAACACUUCUCUCCACCCUCGAAAUUUCGUUUCGUAUACACACCUGUCUGCUAUUAUUAUAGUAUUUCAUUUGUGUUGCCGAAAAAUAACACUGACCGGCUGACUAACUUGUCAAGUUUGUAGACCUUCCUCUUGAAUUUUAUUCGCAACGUGAACAUGCUUCAUGCAAAACGUGAAGGGAAUUUUGUAUGUCAGUAUAUUAUUCACUUUUCCGAUUUCAAAUUUGGUUUCAAUCAAGGCUGGUUUAAUAUGGUAUGUAAAUAUACAUGUGGAUUCUGAUCAAUCAAUGUUAAGUACUAUAUUAAAUGCAUUACAUUCGAAAAAAUCUAUGAUUAAAUUGUAGUCAAAUUUGGCAUUGAUUGAUUCUUACGUUGUCAGGCACGUACGCAAAUAAGCUUUUUGGGUGUUUAAACCCCUCCCCCCAAAUGUUUGGACUAUUAUAUUGUGUUAUAAUUUUCCCCUGAAACUCAUCGUUUAUCUAUAAAUCAAACAAAUUUUUAAAUUUAAAAACUUAACCAUACAGUUUGUAUAGGCAAUGAAAAUUAUAUACAAUAUAAUUUAUUAUUAAUUUUAAAUUUAAAUGUCGGUUGAUAAAUCUACAAUAAAUAUAUAAUAAUGUGGUAACCAUUCAAUAAAUUUAAUUAUAGUAUCUAUAUUUUAAUAGACCUAAUCUUAUAAAAUACAUAAUUAAUUUUGUGUAAAUUUGUUUUUUUCUAAACAAAAAUUUAAACAGAACAACAAAUUUAUUUAAUUUUUUUUUGUAAUUUUUAUAUAAAUAUUAUUUACAUUUUUUAAUAAAUACAAAUUUUUCCACGAACUAAUACUCAGUCUAUUUGAAAAUCAAAAGUAGAUAUGUAGUUGAUCACCUCAAAAAAUAAGAAAGACAAAAAAUAAUGAUAAAAUAACAAUUUAGAGUUAUUUGUUUCUUAAAUUGUCAAAAUAUGAAAUUCCUAAACAAGUUUAUUCUUUCCAAGAUAUCACAAUAUAUCUUAUGGAACAUCUGGUAAAUUAAGCCAAUAUAACUGUACACACAAUUGUCAAGUAUUCAAAAUAACAACUAGACUAAGUAGAUCAAGAGAGAUAAAGAAUAUUACUGUAUUGUUUUUGUUGUGUAGACAUUUCAAUAACUGCGUUUAAGAGAACACUUUAUUUUAUUAUUUCUUAAAUGAUUGCAUUGACUUACUACAAAAAAUAUUUUUUGGGGGGGGGGUCAGGGGGUUCCUCUUAAUUAUUCUACAGGUACAGUUUAGGAAGAAGAGAAUCUUGUCAAAUCAAAAUCGUUUUUUUUUUUCUUAAAUAAUUAAUAUAAUGCAUUUUUUCACAGGGUACACGAAUACAGUGAACUGAGAAAAUGUACCUGCUUUAAUACAUACAUGAGACAUAGACAUUUUUAUAAAAAUUAAGUAUGUAUAUGUAUAUUAUAUAAUACGUUAGAAUUUUCUAAAAUAUGUACAACGAUUUUGAAUCUACUUGUUGACAUAAUAUAUAUUAUAUGAGGAUAUUUUUUUAUUCUAUAACAUUCAAUUCAGGUGAUAUACUUACUUGAUGAAUUGGAAAAAUGUUGGCACCGACGGUCGUUAUUCAACCUUCGUCCCGACCGUCCAGCACGAUGGGAGAACGGGACGGCGUGGCGUCCGCAGAUACCAGCGAAGAAAAACAUGAACUGAACGUGAAAGAGAUUGUAGCCCCCGCAAGACUGAGUGUCCCGCAGAUAGAUCAUAAGUCUGAAAGUGAAGACGAAGAAGACCAAGAAGUAAGACUGCACCUAAGGUCUUCUAGUGUUUACUUCUAAAACAAAAAUCCCAAAAUUAUGCUUUUAAAAUAAAAACAAUAAUAUCGUAAACACCGAACGGCACUAAUCAAUUUAAUAUUAAUAAAGGCAAGGGUAAAUUGGAAAAUGGAAAAACUAAAAUUUGAAGAAAUACCUAUUUCAAAGUAUUUAUAAUAUAAUUUAAAUUUAUUUAAAAAAUAUAUACAAAAUUAUAAUAAAGAAUAUACAUUUUACUUUGUUAGACACGGGGAUUUUAAGUUAAUUCGAAUAGUAACUCCCAAUUUAGAUACUAAGAAGUGAGCUUAGCGAAGAAUGUGUUAAUUUUACUAUAAUGCGCGUUUUUAUUUUUGUUUGUAAAUAACUUUUCUACCAGAAUUCGUGUCCCGAAUAUUGAAUUCAGGGAUAGUUUCUGAUGGAAAAUGUCUAGUUGAAGAAUUGAAAAUUGUAUUUUCCGAUUUCCUCUGUAGUUUUUUUAAUAAUUGGGAAAGACCGGGGAAAAAGGGAAAACUUGAACUUUUAUGUUAUUUUUCAUUUUAUUAUUUUAUUGUAAUUCAGUAUAGUAUAAUUUUAAAAACCUAACAUUUUCACCGUGUUCUUAAUAGACGUGGUAUAAUAUUUUUGAAACAUUCUGACCAUUAAUAGCUAUUUGAAUUUUUCAAGUUUUUAAGUUAUUAUAUUUGGCUUUAUGUAAAAUAAAAAUUUGUUUAAAACCUAAAAAUACUUGAAAAUUGUAUACAAAGUUUUUCAUAAGUAUUUAAUUGUUCUUAUGAAACUAAAAUCCGUUGUCACGAUUUUUUCUCUAAAAGUUCAAAUUUUGAUGAAAAUUGUAUUAAUCAUGACAUAUUGCAUACUGCUUUCCGAAUCAUAUGGAUAAACAAUUGUUGGCUUUAUAAAAAUGCUUCAGAAAAUUGAGAUUAAAGAACACGGACAAUUGUAAUUAAUAUUUCCAGUAGUUAUAAAUUAACACUAUUUUUAAUUUAAGUUACCAAUCAAUAUUCUAAAAAAAACAAUACUUAACCGAACUUCCCUCAAAAUCGUUUUUCUUUAGCAAUGAUUCAUUUUUCAAAUACAAUACAGAUAUAAAUUAAAUUAUCUAAUGCAUCCUAGCUUGCAAAUCUACCUACAAUAGUUUUACACCCACGGUGCGAAGUACACCUAACCAUGUUUAAAAAUUAAAAUUUCAAAAAACAAAAACUGUAUAGGAAAUAAAUGGUAUGUAUAUUGCAUUUUCAUUGAACCACGUAUUGUGCACCAUUAAAAUUUGGUAGCUUAUAAAUAUCAUAAAAAAACUAGAGUAUCUUGUGUGGUAAAUUAACUGUCUUCUGUUCUAUACUCUAUCCAACCAUAUAAAUAAUGUCUACGGGCAAAAUGAAAAUUAUUAAUUUAGUUCAUAUAUAUAUAUAAUAUAUAUAAAAUAUAUCUAUACAAUAAUUAAUGAAACGUCUACAAUAACGAUUAACUGUCAUAAUUGUAUUUCAAUCAAAAUGUAUUUUACAUAAUAGUAGGUAGUAGCUUAGGAGUAUCGUACAUCAAAUUAUGUAGGGUAAGUACUUACUACCUAGCUUUAUUAAUUUUCCAAAUAAUUAAAUCAAAUAGGUGUCACGGCACACACAACAAAUGAAUCAUAUCGGACCGCCGGGAUAUUGGCAAGGAGUGCCGAACAGCAGAAUGGCAAGUCCGGGUAACGACAACGGAAGUGAAACUUCGUCAGUGAUGCCAGCUCCGGUUCCCGGACUCGCCGCUUCCAGAGUGGCAAGAGAAAAAUACAAUCAUCUAUCGUAUUGGAAAGCCAGAAAAGUGAGAAUAAUGUAUCAUUUAUUCGUAUUAAUUAAUAUUAUUUACAAUAAACUAGUACGAAUACAAUGUUUUGUUGCAUAAUAAAUAAGAUAUUAGAUACAACGACAUUAUUAUAUCCGUGUAUCUGUAACAUUAUUAUGUUGUACCUAACUUCUUUUACUAAAUGCUAAACUUUGCGGCAGAAAAUAUAGACGUCCAUUAUUUUCUCUUUAAUGAGAGAGUCUUCAUAUUUGAAUUCAAACCGUUGCAUUCAACCAUUCUAUUCAUCUCUCUUAUGAAGGUCCCCCUUUUCCUUUGCAACCAUUGAUUCUUUCGGUAUGGAAUAGUAAUUCAAAUUUGUUUAGAUUCGAAACAUAGUGAGGAUUGUAUUGGCUUUACAAUGUAUAUUCUUUUAUUUAUUUACUUUUUUUGAUCUGUGAACAACUUUCUACCAGAAAUCAUGCUGCGGUUUUUAAGUGUAGCAUCUCUAUUCUGGAAAAUCAUUUUUUUCAUUUUUCAAGUGGUUUUCAUAAUAAUUGGGAAAAACCGGAAAAAAACGUAGGAAAACCGGGAAUAUGUACGAACAUGUAUAAAAGAAACUUCGCUUCGAAUCAUUUUUCGUUAGCUAUCUACUUAUCUGCAUACCUACAACAGUGACUGCUCCUAUCCAUAGUAUCAGCUCUUUUUUCAUUUAUUAUUUACGAGUAUUAAUCAUUUUAAUAAUUUUGUUUUUACUUUAUUAUUUUAUUACUUAUAAUUAUUUCUUUUUUAAUAAUAAUAAUAUAUUGUUUAUUAUUUUAUCAUGUUUUCUGUAAAUUUUAAAUAACCAUAAUUCAACAUCAAAACCCAUAAUUCGAUUUUUAAUUGAUCGAUAUUAAAUUAUUUGACAUUUGAUAUAUAGGUAGGAAGACAUAAAUAUAUUAUCUACCUUGGUGCAUACAUUAAAAUCCAUUCUUACGUGUAUUUGUUUUAUUUUUAGGUAACAUUUUUUAAAAACGGCGAUUUAUAUUUUCCGGGAUUAGAACUACGUUUCCGCCCAGGCAGAGAUAUUGGACAUUUAGAAGCGUUGUUGGACAAACUAUCGACACGAAUGGAUUUACCCCGUGGUGCGCGAUAUUUGUUUUCCAUGGACGGCGUCAGGGUUGUUAGUUUAGACCAAUUAGAAGAUGAUCAAUCAUACGUGGUAUCUUCUUAUAAAAGCUUCAAGGUAUCUAUCUAAAUAAUAUAAUUGAUUUUUCAGCGAACACAACUUUAAACAGUUAAAUUAAAUACAAAAUUAAAUCAGUAACCAUACAAUCAAUUCACCUCACUGAUUUCGAACGCAUGUAAAACUAUUGAAUAAACAUUACACACAAUACGUUUUGUAAACUACUUGACGUCAUACGAUUAUCACGGAUACACCUAAAGUUUAAUAGUUAUAUUUAAUAUCUUUAUAAUAGGUUAGAAUCAAUAAGAUUAUAGGUUCAAUUAAAAUUAUUCAAACUAAUUUAAAUCAUAAUAAUUAAGUAGGUACAAAUUAUGGAAUAAAUAAUUGUAUGUGAUAGGCGUAUAUUGUUUAAAUGCAAUAUUAUAUUGAUUCCAUCGCGUAUUAGGUAUACUCGUUUAAAUCUAUUUAUUAUAAAUUAUAAUAUACUCAUUUAUCUGAUUUUUCUUGUACUAUUAGGUAGUCUUUUUAACACUUGGGAAAAUACAUCGGAUAUACGGAAAAACCUGCGCAAUAAAGGUUGCUGUGAUUUGCUGUAAUUUGGUUAAAAAGAGAGUUAUAACUUACAUAGAAUAUGUCACACAUUAGCGUUUCCUAGACGAAGACAAAUUUUCAUAAUAUUUCGAUAUUUUUUUAAUUAUCUAUAGACAUUUUCAUGUUUUUUGGUUUUUAUUUGAUUUUACGUGGAUAAAAUUGUUUGUGCUAAUGUUUAAAAAUUGUAUAAUAGAUCCAUCAUAACUUGUUGUUAUAACAUUAUAAUAAUAUCUUUAAUCACGAUUUUUUUUAAUGUAUUUAUUUAAAAUUAAAAUUUUGAUAAAAAAUUACGAAAUUUCUAAAUAUUACCUAUAUUAACUAAACUUCGAUUAGAAUUAUUUUUCGUUAGGAAUGAUUCAUCUUUUAAGUAUAAAUUUAAUAAUUUUAAUCUUAUAUAUUUUUUUUUUAUUAUAAGUUCAAUAAAUAUAAAACUUAAAAUGCAAUUUUUUAUAAAAAAAAAUCCCUAACUUUUAUUAAUUAUUAUUAAUUAUUACCUAUUAUUAAUUAAUGAAUAGUUUUAUGCUCAUAAAGGCAUACAAUAUGUAUAUUAAUUAAAAAGUAAUAUCCUAGUAAUUUAUGAUAUUUAUGCAUUUUUCAAUGAUUAAAAUUAUAAAUACUUUAAAGCGUGUUUACCUCUGGUUUUAGAAUUUUUGUAAUGGGUAACAACAUACGAUAUAAAUUCUGGUUUAUAUUAUUUAUAAUUUAUAAUAAUCUCAUAUGUGUAGGAAUAUAGAAAUGGUAAAUUAUAAAAAAGAAAAUCGUGGAAAAAUGUAUUUUUAAAUUCUUUAGAAACCCUAUAAAUAUUGUCAAAUUAUUUUAUAAAUCUAUCGUAUUCUAGGAAACUAAAAGGAAUUCCGAAAAAUCUUCAAAUUAUCUGGCAUACACAUGGUAUUCCCAAUUGUUGGUCUAUGUAUAGGAAAAAUAAAACUUUGAAUUAUUUAUACAUUACAUUCAUAUAUUUCAAACUUAACAAAAAUAUAUAAUAUGUAUUUAAUAUGAAUAAUAAUUUAAAAAAAAAACACAUUAUUGAUUGUAUAAAAUUGCAGUAAAAUUUACUCUGGGAUACCAUAAUGGUAUCUUACAUGAAAAUUAAUAAUAAUAUACAUAAUAUAAUACACUGGUUAACAUAUGAUUUCAUUUAAAACUAUCAUUAUUAUUAUAACGGUAAGUUUUUCAUUGUAAUAUAUUUAUUUUGUUUGAUAUAACGACUGCUGAGACUAUUUUUGUGAAUUGCGUCCAUUAAAGAAAACAGAAGAAAGAAAACUAAUUGGUUUUGAUAAACGGGAAAUUGUUGUACCAGUUAAAACGAACUAGAAUUUUUUCAAAAAUAGAAUAUUAUAUUAAAUUAUAUUGUAUCGUAAAUACAAUCAAAAGUAGAAAUAUUACUGCAAUAGGCUGAGCAGUGAAAACGCUUGGUAAAAUCAGAAUCAACUUGAACGAAUUGUAAUGGAAGAGAACCCAGAUAGAAAGUUACCUCUUAGACGUCUUCGUUUGAUAUGAGAAAAUGUAGUGAAGAGAGACAUGUAAAUUUAAAAUACAGGGUCAGAGUGGAAAUUAAGAGUUACUAACAAUGAAUUAGAUGAUUGGAUAUACGAUGACCCUAUAGUAUACCUAACUUCAAGAAACAGAAGAUUAUGUAAUACCUAUUACUAUUUUUAAUAAUUGAACGACAUUGGAUACUACUAUCAGUGGCGAUAAGAAGUAUUUUUAUCUUGAAUCACCAACUUAAAUGUUCUGAAAUUUUGUUCUAAAUUGUUCUAAAAUGUUCUAAAUUCUGAAGAUUCAGGCACCCACGACUUACCCACCCGCUUUUUCGUAAAUCCCGUGAUUCAAAUAUAGCUUCUUCGUGCCAUUACUAACUACCAUGUACAAUGAACAGUUCAGAACAUUGAGAUAAAUAAUCAAUGCAAUAUUUGAAGAGGAGGUGGAAGAGGAGAAGACUUAUAGUCUGACCUUACCCAACCGAACUAUAAUGUCUAAAAAAGAAAACUUCAAAUAAUUACUAGAACUAUUGCUGUUAAGUUAUACUUAGGUAUAGAUAUCAACCAUGCGUGAAAUACGUAAAACUAUAAGAAAGAUUUUCUAAAUUGUAUCUAACUAUCAAAUUAUAUUUAUUAUUCCUGUUAAAAAAUUUAAUUAUAUUCUGUUGUAUAGUUAAAUUGUUAAUUGUUUUUUAAAAUUGUGUAUUGAGUUUUAGAUCACAUAAAUAUUUGAAUAAAACAAUAUGUAUUUACUGCAACUGCAUAUAACUGAGAUAUGUAAAUGUAUAGAAUGUAGAUAACGAUUGCAUUUGUUUUUGAUGCGAGAAACAACUUAAGUUGUACCCUCACAAGUUACAACCACACGUCCACACGAGUAUAAUAUUAUAUAAUAAUUUUGGCUCUAUUGAUAGUGAACAGUGAUUAUUAUCCAGGCUAGUUUAGAUUAUUAUUUAUUAAUUUAUUUAGUAGCAUCAGGAUUUGAUAAUUUAAUAAUAUAAAAUAUAGAUGCAACAAAAAACACAUUCACUAAAUUUAAACAUUGUCUUUGAAUCUUUUACCAUUUUAUGAUCAUAAAUUUGUAAUUUACUGAAACUAUGGACGAUCGUCAAGACACAGAAAAUAAAGUCAAAGGUAGAACAAACAAGUAGAAGAAGUUAUUCCUCAAACACCAAAAAUGACCUAUUGUUAUUCUUCCUUGAGACAGUCAGCAAAAUAAUUGAUAAUGAAAACGCUGAAAUUUUAACCUACACAUAUAAUGAAAAAAAUUAUGAAAAUGUAGUUAUCGAUUAAUCUAACCAGAUAAUGAACGAUAGUAUAUCUACUUAUAGAAUAUAUAAAAUGUUGCUUCUGAAUUUCAUAAAUUAAAUACCGAAAAUACCAAUGUAACAGAAAAUCAACCGAUUGUAGAACUGAAUAGUUCAAACUCAUUUACAGGUUUUGAAAAUGAUGUUGGUAUUUAACCUGAAAACUCUACAAAUUAUAAUACUCUGGAUAAAUCAAAAUCUAUAAAUCUACAAAAUUACGAUAAAAAGUUAUUAGAAACAAACUUAGUCCAACAAGAUCACAGUGAUCGAUCUACACAUAAUACAAGAAAAUGUUCUGUACAUAAUUUCAACUAUAUAACUAGAAACAGAGAAGUUAUUAAUCGUUUGGGAUUUUUUUCUCUCCAACUACUACUAAAUUAUACUGUUAUAUUAGAAAACAAGUAAGGAUAAAAAAAAAAUGAAAGCUAUCUAAUUAUGGACUUUUUGAUUAAAAUCAUGCAGUUGAAAAUUUAUUCCAACAUGAAAUAUCUAAAUAUUGUAAUUAUUACAUUAAAUAACAUAGAGAGAAAAAUUAGUUGUUUAUAUUAAGAGCUUCAAAAACAGAAGUAGAAUGUGGAUUAAUAUUUAGAAGUGAUAACGAAAUAACUAAUACACUAAAAAAUGGAAAUUUUCAGCCUCAAAAACAGAAGUAGAAUGUGGAUUAAUAUUUAGAAAGGAUAACAAAAUAAUUGAUUCACUAAGAAAUGGAAAUUUUUUUCUAUUGCUUUCUAUUGAAUUAUUGGCGGAGUUAAAUCCAUUUCUAUCGGCUCAUAUUAAAGAUCAUCUGAAUAAAAAAAUUGGUCAUACAAAUUACCUUUCGUCAAAUAUUUGUGAAGAAAAAUUGAUUUAUGGCCAAAGAAGUGUUGACCAAAAUUUUAUUCUGUAUCUGUUGAUGCUACUUCCGAUGAUCCAUAUUUAGAUGAUUUGACUAUAGUAUUUAUGCUAUAUAGAAGGAAUUAGUCCAGCAGAAAUGUUUUUAACAUUUGUACUGAAUUGUAGUUACUGUGGCCAUUGAAAUGGCAAAAACUCUCUUUAUAUUUUUUAUCAUCAUAAUAUUGAAUUCAAUAAUUGUUGUGGACAGUUAUUUAAUAAUGUGUGGAAAAUAUGAGUGGUAAGUAUCAAGGAAUUCAAGCCUUAAUUAAAAAUAAAAAUAAUUUCGUAGAUUUAGUUCAAUGUUGUGGUCAUUCUUUAAAUUUAGUUGAAAAACAGUAGCCAAGUCAUGUCUUUCGGCUUUCGGUUCUUUGAUUUUAUACAAAACCUUUACGUGUUUUUUUACUGCAACUCUAGUGCGUUAAGCAUUGUUAACAAAUAAAUUAGCUUACAUAGGUACAAACAAAAAUAUAUACGUUCUAAAGAAUUUAAUCGAAAAUUUGAUUGAAAUCAAAGCCAUGCUGUUACUGUUUUUGGUUAUGAUUAGGUAUAUAAAAGAAGUUUUAUUAGACAUUUAAAAUCAUCUUAAUCAAAAAUACAUUCUUAUAAUCGAAUUUAAAAACUUUAUGAAAUAAAUGAAAUAAUGUGUCAACUCAACUUGUAUUUUAAACAAUUUUUUGAAAUUAUAUUUCAAGAAGGUUCCAUUUAACAAACUAUUUUUUACAAGAUUCAAAAACAGUACUUCAAACUGCUUUUAAUAUUUUAUCUAAUUUAUCCCUAAUUAUUUUUUAUUAUUUGUGCAAUAAAUACGAAAUAAAUUUGAAGUUCACUAAAAAAAAAACAAAACAAUGUCCGGAAACAAUGAUCGGAAAAAAAAAAUGAAAGACUCAGUUCAUUAGACAAUAACCAAACUGGCCUCAACCCAGUUAUCACCAAAAGAAAGAUUUAGAACUGAAAGCUUUAUUUCAGUAAUUGAUCAACUGGUAGUAUCAUAUAUCGAAAGAAUAUCUUCUUAUUAAACAAUUUGCCCACAUUUUCAAAGUUAUCAAUUUUAUUUGUAUUAUACUUUUAGAUUCUUAAUGGAGUGAGGAAUGUAAGGGGUUAUAAGGAAAUUUAUUACCACUUUUUUUUUUAUCUGUGAACAACGUUUGUAGCAGAAAUCUUGCUCCGAUUUUCAAUCUAUUUUCAAAGAACUUUUCUUGAAAAGCAAAUUUUCCCGAGGUGAUACUUUAAGGAGGUGAUUUAUUGAUUUUUCUAAUGGUUUUCAUUAAAAAUGGGAAAAUCGGGAAAAACUUACCAAAAAAGUGAAAAUUUACGAAGUUUGGUAUUAUUAUCGAAUCGUAAAUAUUACGGCCUUUCAAAACAUGUAUAACCGAACUCUACUAAUUUUUUUUGUUAGCAAUGAUAAAUCGUUGCGUACAUAUAUUACGUUAAAUUUUCCCUCUAUCUUCCCAACUUCUCACCUAAAACAGUGGUCCACCCAUCGUGCGAAGUAUGUUCGUUUUUUUUUUUUAUUAUUAUUAUUUUGAUAUAAAUGCUAUUUAUUCAACUAUAUAGUUUCGAAUAAAAUAUUUUUUGCAGUAGAUGUUAAUGUUUCAUUAUAUUAAACUCACUUGCAUAACUGUACCCAUAAAUUAGAUACGCGUAACUGAAAAAAAUAGCCACUAAGUAUAGGCCCAGGUCUCUUUAAAUCUGAGUAAUCAUACAAAUUAAAUAAAAUAUUCAAUUUUAAAUCUAAUUAAGAUAAAAAAUUUUUUAUAUAACAAUCUUUAGCUUCGGAAGAUUAUAUUGUACGUAGAAUUAUUAAUUAUUGUAUUUUUCGUUUUGAUUGAAAAACAUCAAUGAAGAAUGAUAAGAUCUACCACAAUGUACACAGUCCAAGACAUAGUGAAUAGUUUAGAAUAGUUUUUUUUAACAAAAAACUAAUAAUAUUUGUUGUUGAAGUCCAAUAAAGUCCAAAUAAAAAAAAGCCAAGCAUAAGCUACUUCUUAUAUGUACAUUAGUAUUCCUUAUCUUAUGUUCUCUCAUUACUUCACUCAUCCACCUAAGCAUUCUCAUCUCCACUACACUCUUUCUUUGUUCUAUUUUUCCGUUAACCAUCAAACACUCCGAAACCAUACAACAUAGUUGAUUUCAUAACACUUUUAUAGAACUUACCUUUAAGUCUCAUUAAAAUUCUCUUGUCACAUAAAACUCCUGAUGCUAAAACUACUAAUUAUCGUUGGCUGUUUUGUGCUGUUCCUCCUAAAUCAUACUCAAUGUAUCCUGUUUUACUUCUAGUUAACCUUAAUCUCUUUCCUUUAAGCGUUACUCUCCAUUCCUCGAGCCUGCUUCUAACUUCUUCCAAAUUUUCUUUUAUCCAACCUGUAUCAUUUGUAAUGUCCUCCUCUCACCUGCUAUCCCCGCGCACAUUCGAGAUGGGAAAAUCCGCCCAACUUUUGAUUAGAACUCCUCAUAAUAUAUGUUAGAAGUUUACACCAGCUUUCGAACUUAUAGCACCCCAUUUGUUGUCUCUAAUGGCAAGUAGAAGUACCGUGGGAGAAAUACCUCAUAUCUAGAAUAAUCACCUACUUGGACUUUCGUGGGAGCUCGGAGUCCUGAGUUCACUAAACUAGUAGUAUCAUAUAUCUAUAUAAGGUUAUAAUUAGGGCUCGGCAGUAAUAGAAGUUACAUAUUUUUCUUUAUACAUUGGAUUUAUAGCAGACCAAGCUAGAAAUUCUUACUAUGCAAUAAAGAAUUUUUAAAUCAAAUAUUUAAAAUGCUAAUUUCAUAAAUUUUAGAGAAAAAGUGUCGAUUUUCAUUGAUUUUCUUAUACUUUUAUGCAUAUUAUGCAUAUUUAAUAUUUGCUAAAAAAAUUAUUUUUUUUUUCUUAUUUAAACAAUGUAUUUUAAAUAAUAUUUAAUGUAAAUCUUAAUAUGAUUAUCGUUUUAGUGAAUUUAUUUAGUGAAAACGGUGCUAUCCGAAUUUUAUCUUUAUCUUUUUUGUGAAUUUGAAUAAUAACAUUUUAUGUUUUUGAAUAAUAAACCUUGAAUAAUUUUUUGUACAUUUAAUAUUUUUCCAUGCAUAUUUUACAAUUGUUUCGUGCAUAUUUGGACAUGCAUAUUUUGACUUUUUUUACCUCCUAUAACUUGAUUGUAAUAUUUGUAUAGGUAAUUGGUAACUAGUAUAAACCAGAAUAUUUCUGGGAUUAGAGGUGGACGCGACUAUGCAAGUAUAAUAUUACCGACAAAUAUAUUAGUUCUAUAAUAAAAUACUAGAUGGCGCGUAAGGUUUAUAUUAUUAAGACAUACAUCACUAUUUACUAUAAGGAAAUACAAAAAUACAAAUACUAUUAAAUAUUACCUAGGUAUACACUAUAUAAGAUUAGAACCAACAAGAAUUAAUAAAAUCAAAUACCUAUUUAAAUAAAUUAUUAAAUAAUUUUGUUGAUUUGAAAACUUAAACUUAUAUAAAUAUGUACCUUUAUUUUACGAGUUCGUAAUAAAUUCCCAAGUAAAAUAAGUGAAUAAGUAUACAUAUAAUAUUUCAGUAACAAAAAUGAAUCGUAACAACACGAUAACAAUAUAAUACUAUAUUAAUAUAUAAAAUUGUAACUAUUUGUUAAUAUUUAACCUACUAUAGGACUAUAUAAGCUCCUAUAAAAUGAUGUUAUAUUUCAUUAUUUGAAUAUUAAUGGUAUUAAAUUAGAAUAAAUAGCCAGUUAGAAGGCCAAAUCCAAAAUGUUUGUAUUGCACUUCAUAUUUUUACUCAAAUACUUGCUCCAAUCAUAAACUUCUUAAAAAUAUAUUUGUAGUAUUUAUUUGGAAUUAAUACUUAAUAAAGGUCAUUUUUUGAAAUAUCUACCUAACAAUUUUCAUAAUAAAGGGAAAACAUUUAAAGUUUUGUACCAGAAAUCAGAAUCAGCUAAACGGUCAUUAAAUUAAAAUCGGGAAUCCACUGGGACAUAUACGGCUACUACAUCACCGUGUAUUUUUGUGGAAUUUUCAUCGAAAAUAUAGAAUAAUGCACGGUAUUAUGUCUAUUAUAUAUAUAUAUAAUAUAUAUUAUUAUUGUAAUCUUACUUAAUUAAAUUAAAUAUUUAAUAAAGAAUUAUUAACACUAGUGAGCAAAUCUAGCAACCAAAACUAUUUUAGAUAAAUUAUGAAAAAAAAAAAAAAAAACAUACUAUAUGAUCCAACAGUUUCAUCCACAGAGUACCUAUCGAAUAAAAAUUACGUUAAAAACCAGAAAAACUAAAAUGUCUUUAAAUAUCUAUAGCUCAAAAAUGAAUAAACUGUUAUGAGAAUUGUAUCACAUCUAGAAAAGAAAAAUAUGAGCUCUUUGUCCAAUUUUCAAUUCUCUAUGAUUAUUUUCAGCUGAAUCACCAAAAAAUUGAAAAUAACAAAACCAAUAUUUUCAUUAAAUUUUCCCAUUCUUUUUUUACUUUUUUUUUCGAUUUGCUCAAUUAUUAAAAAACUACACGGAAAAUCAAAAACGACUUUCUUACUUGUUAAUUAAAUUAAAAAUAUAACAAAAAAGUUAUUUUAUUGUUUAUUUCAGUAAUAUUUCUUGUAACAAAAAUGAACAAUAUAAAUUUGAAUUAAAGAAAUCGUAACGCUGUGAAUUUAUCAGUUUUUAUUUCUCGUCUUCUUUCGGUUUUUUCCAAUUGUUAUGAAAAAUCUUUAGAAAAUCAAAAAAUCACUUCACCAGUGCACUAACUAGAUGAAAUUUCUUUUUAGGAAAAGUGCUUAACUUGACAUAUUGGAUCAAGAUUUCUGUUAGAAAAGUUGUUUAAAUACACAAAAAACACACGCAUAACCAAUAGAUAAAACCAAUAGAUCCCUCAUUACGCUCCGAACCUAAACGUACAUAAUCAAUUAGCUAUAAUAAUAAUAAUAAUAAUCAAUUAGCGGAUGCGAUUAUAGUCUACUGCAUAAUAUUAUGGGUACUUUUCUCUGAACUUAUAACCACUCGUAUUAUUAAAAACCACAAAUUUAAUGAAUAUAAAAAGUUGAAAAACAUCAACAUUUUCUAAAGAAUAAAUUCUAUAAGAAGACAUUUAAAGAGUAUAUCUCGUGGAACACCCCAUAUAAGUUUAUAGAAAUGCACGAUUAAAAAAAAAAUCGUAUACACCUGUAAUACAAAGUUUCUUUGAUUUUGGUUAUCAUCUUCUCCGAAAAAUAUCAGGUUUUCAAGUUUGAAAUUCACACUUUUGAAAGGUAAUAAUUAAUUGGAAUAAAAACGGUGAGGCGCGCUCUAUAUUUAUUUAAAGCAGUAGGUACUUAUUAUUUAAAUUAAUCAGGUAGGUAAUGACUUAAUAAUUAUUAUUAUUUUCGUGUUUAUUUGUAAUUAAAAAUGUGUUUUCAAAAAAACUAAUAAAAAUGUAUGAAUAUAUUUUUAAAUACAGGUAGCGUUAAAUGUAAAAUAAAAAAAAAAUAUAUUUUUUUUAUAACACUAGUUUGUAAACACAAUGUCUAAAAAUAACGACAUGUAAUAAAAUCAAAUUUGUCAACAAUUUAAUGAUAAUUUAAAACACGAAAUUAUUCACAUAAUUUUUUUUUUUAAGGAAUAAAACGGUUUUACGGAGUUUAUACUUUUACAUUAGGAGGACAAGGACGCUAGACACUACAUGUCAUAUAUUUGUUUUCUCCGUCUCACAAAUGUACCACGUGGAAAAUUUGGAUUCAGCAAAAUCGAUAUUUAGCUGUUAGUUUUAAUAUCAGAACGAAAAAUUACCUGAUAAUGAAAUUAUCAAAAUUAUAGAAAAUUAUCUGUGAUUUUAUGUUGGUACUUUUUGUUGUUUUAAUAUUUCGGCGAGAUAUGAGCAUAUUAAAUACCACAAUUUAUAAAUUAUUAAAUUAUCUUUCCAAAAAACAAUGUAAAAAUACAGUUACACAGAUGCUCUUAGCUUUAAAUUUGAUAAUAGGUCAAUUCGUUCUCAUACUAAAAUUAACAACAUUUCAUUGGUUCUGUUGAACGUAAAUGGCUAAAUCGUACGGUUUUAAAACGGAAAUAAAAAAAAAUGCAUGUUUAAUGGGGUGAAAUUUUUUUUCUUCCACGUAGAUUUUUUAAAUUUUGAAUACAAAUUUUGAUUAUACCAUCAAUAGAUGCAAUAGCAUAAAAAAAAAAAACAUAAAAAACUUAUAACAAUUGACAGUCUAUCACUAAAACAUCAGAAUAACAUUAAAAUACUUUAACAUUUUAAUUUACUCUUCGCGUCCUUAUAGACAUAACCACCAGUUACCACUAUAAAAGUUGUUUCACAUACAUUUAAAAUAACUACAUCGAUUUUACUAUUGUUUUUAUAACGUUGCGUAUUUAAGUGAAUAAACUGUUAAAGUAAAUAAUUUAUUUUUAGUAGUGUAUAAUAGUAUGUUCAUUUUAUAUUCUGAUCGCAGCAGGAAACAGCAAAGUUUACGGGAAAAUCGGUUUCAUAAUUUUGGAUUUUGUUUUUGAUCCUGAGCGGAUGAUGAUGUUUAUAUGUUUUUUCUGUUGACAACUUUUCCGUCAGAAAUAUUGCUCUGAUUUUCAAUGAUAACUUUUAUUCUGAAAGGAAAUAGGACUCAGAGAGAGAGUGUACUUUAGGGAGAUCAUUUUUUGAUUUUUCCAGAAGCUUUCCAAACAAAUGGGAAAAACGGGAAAUUAGGAAUAAAUUAAACAAAUUUGAUUAUGUAAUGCAUAUGAUUAUUUUACCUUAAUAUGACAUAUAUACUGUUGACAAAGCAACAAUAUCUAACCGAACUCCGCUCAGAAUCGUUUGCAAUGGUUAAUAGUUGCUUACAAAUAUACAUUAAAUUACUUAUUACAGUGGCUGCACCCAUAUCCAUUAUCCUAGGAAAGAUUUUUCCAUUGUAAUUUGAAUUAAAAUAAUCAUCGAGAUCUGAAAUUUUCAUAAAAUAGGUACAUUAACACUUUCUUGACGCGUUAAAAGAUAUUCUAGUGAAUAUUCAUUGUGUUUUUUUUUUUUUGGUUUUUAUUUGUUUUUAUGUGGAUAAAAUUGUUUUAACGAACAGAAAUGUUUGACAAUUUUACAUAAAAUACACCAUAAAUUAUUAUACUAUUAUAGUGGUAAAAAAAAAGUUGGUUAAAAAAACUACUUAUUUAACUAACUUCUUUUUAAACAGAUAACGUAAAAAUUAUGGCAUUUCAAAGUCAUGUUUAACCGAAAUUCACUCAGAAUUAUUUAUUAUUAUAUAUAGAUAUAAAUUCAUUAACUCUAUUUGUCCUAUUUUCCAAACAUUCCACCUACAACGGUGACGCACAGAUCAGGAGUAUCAGCUCUUUUUAAAAAUAUUAUUAUUAGUUUUUUUCGAAUAAAAUAAUACAAGGUUUUGUUUACAAGGUAAACCUACAAGGAAUAACCUUGUAAACAUUUUAAAUAAGUAUUUUAAGGCCGUAAAUUAAUUUACAAUAUGACAUGUAAAAAUUUACACAAAAGGGAUAUUUAAUUAUUACUGUUGACACUAACCCCAAAAUGUUAUACUUACAUAACUAUUAAAUUAUUUGCAUGCGAACCAUUAAACCUUGUUAAAAUAUAUUGGAUUUGCAUGCAUAUUCAUAUAAUAAUUUAUUUAAUGUUGUAGAAUUUAUUAUAAGAAUAAAAAAAUAAGCAAAAAAAAAAAAGAUGGAUAUACUUAGCAUGAUGGGUGAACCACUGAUAUAGAUAAGAAGUUGAUGAGAAGGUAGAGGGGAAAAUUAAUGUAUAUACACAAUGAUUAACUUUUGCUAAUGAAAAAACGAUUCUGAGCGGAGUUCGGUUAAUUGAACCCUAUUUGCUUAGUCAGUAAUAUAUAUGUCAUAUUAGGUAAUGGUAAAAUAAUUAUAUAAUUAAAAAUAAUAUUUGUUUAAUGUUGUACCGAUUUUUCAAGUUUUUCUAUGUUUUUCAAGGGUUUUUCCAUGUUUUUAUUCAGUUUUUCAAAUUUCUGAGAAAAUCGAAUUAAUGAUCUUUUUAAAAUUCCUCCUCACACCUAAUUUCCUUUCAGAAAAAAUGCUACACGUAGAAAUCUAAGCAAGUCUUCUGAUAGAAAAGCUGUGCACAGAUAAAAAAAGAAAUCUUUGUAAAACCAUAAGCUUCUUCGCUCUACUCAGAAUCUAAAAAUACAAUUCUCGGUAACAAGUUGAGCUGUUCAAAAUAUUUCGCUCAAAAAAAGACACACAUACACGCAUAUAACAAAACUUUGAUGAACACAUGUAUUACAAACGACUGAGACCGUUGUAGUGCUAACGCACAAGGAAUUAAACUUCUACGACGCAACGAGGAAUUACUGUAUUACAUAAUUGUCAUACAUCACAUAAUACCUACAUUAUUUUCAACCUAAACGAUUUUCGUCAAAUUUUGAUAUUAAAAUUCUAAUAAAAAAAUAUUCCACAAUACAUUAUUUUUAUAUUUUUUUUUACCGCAAAUUACGACUUAUGAUGAAGCUCCUGUUCAGUUGUCUAGAAUGUUUGAUUGAUCGAAUAAUUUUAUCUACACAGUACCUAUACCUAACAAAAAAACGUACAAAAACCCGUAAAAUUAAAAUGUCUAUAAAUAGCUCAAAAAUGACUACGAUGUUUUGAAAAUUUUACCACGUUUAGAAAACACAAAUAUAAUUAUAAAAUAAACAUAUAUAUAAUUUUCGGUUUAAACUUAAAGUCUCUGAAAAUAUUUUCAACUGAAUCAAAACAAAACAAAAAACAAAAAACUGAUGGCAUAAUACAUUUCGUUAAUAUUUCCGUUUUUCCCAUUGAUUCAAAAUUUUUAACGUUGGAACAGCUGAUAACUGCUAACUAUUAUUAUGCUGUUUGGUUUUAUAAUACAAUAUAGAAAUAAUAAUCUACAAAAUAUGAUUUAUUAUCACGUCUUCGUAAAUAUAUAGUAAUUAAGUAUAUAAUAUAAUAUUAUAUAGAGCACUUCGAAACGAGCAAGCUGAAACAUUAUAAUAUCGCGUUACGUAUACUACAGACCCGGCAUUGUUUUUAAUAACAUUCAAAAAAUGACCUAAAAAAGAAACAAAUAAAUAAACACCGUCUAUCUAUACAAAUUCGCGCAAACAUUUUUAUCGUCGUCUUCAUCAUCUGUGCGGUCAAUACACGAUAUUAUACGCGUCCGUUCGAAUGUUUUUUGUUUAUUAAAAUUUCGCAUUUCCAUAACGAAACGCGAAUGGCAUUGAAGAAAAAAAUAAUAGGUGUUAUUGCAGUUGUCUGUAUGAGUUUCUUUCGGCGUGCAUAUUUCGUAAAAUUCGCCGCUGUGACCCCAAAAGUGUGUACGCAUACAAUGUACAGCAAUAUUAAAGGGCCGCCCGGGGUAUUAUAAUAAUUUAAGUUAAUUACCCUCCGUUCGUGUUGCGUUCAAUACCGCGAGAGGUAUAAAAGGUUUCUUAUAAUAUUAUGUACGUAUAUACGCGAAAAUAAUAAUAUUAUAAUACGACUGUAUUAUAAUUAUUAUAUAUAUAUAUGUACGUGUGUAUAGAGGGAUGGGGUGGUGGUAGUGUUAUGAUUUCGGUUUCGUUCGUGUCGGCGGUCAUUUCGCUACCAAUAUAUAUAUAUAUACGUGUGUGUGUAUACAUCGUACGACCUUCGGAUUAAUAUUUACAUUUUUAUAAGAGAUCUCGAAUUGUUCCCGUGUAUUAUUAUUAUAUUGUUUGGGUAUACGUUUUCACAUGUUGUUUUAAUAACCGCCGCCUGAGGGGUGGUCAAGGACUCCGUGUGUGAUUUUUCGGUCGUGUAUACGGUACACCGUAUAGCGCAUAAAACAAUAAUAAACCCUUUGACGACCGAGGGGUUAUAGUAACGUGUAAACGAAAUAUAAUAACAAUAUUUAAUUCGGAGUUAAGAUUUCGUUUCGGACGUUAAAAAUAACGCGCCCUAAAACCAAAACCAAUGUCAUUCGGGUUAUAAAACAAGAAAAACCGUGUCCUUUCGUUAUUUUUACACGUUUUUAAAACGCAGGCAAACUCCCCUAUAAGUGGGUACCGACUUAAUUAGAAUUAUAUUAUUUUUUAAAGUAUAACUAUUUUUUUUUUCUGAGGGUUCCGCAGCUCGGGGAUGUUUACAAAUUUAUAAUAUUUGCGAUUAAAAUUUGUUGAGAAACGCUCCAAUCGGUUUUCAUCAUUAUGUUAAAAAGCCUGCGUGUAACGUGCGGUUUUUUUUUUUUGUUUUGUUAUAAAUAUGUUUUACAUGAAAAAUUCUCAAAAAAUACAAACGAAAUUGACUUUAAUAGUGAACUUAAUUAAUCAUAUUUAAACUCUAAUUAUAGAGUUUCGAAAUAUAAUAAGGGUGCCUCCAUUCGACGAAAAAAGUAUGAUUGAAAGUGGACAUGAGUGUUUUUACCUGUAAAGCACGUUUUCAGGCAAAAAACGGGUCAUUUGUGAACUCUUUAAUACAAUCUAGAAAAAUCGAUAGCAAUGUUCUUCGUUUAUCUAACAAAUAUCGUACAAACGGUUUAUUAAGUAUACAUAUAAUAGUCUAAAAUUUAAAAUGAAAAAACAACGAGCCAAGACGGAAAAAAUAUUGUAAUAUUUCUGUAUUUCUAAGUGACUUUAAUGCAAUGCAUUCCAUUGAAAUUUCAAUGGAAUACGCGCGAAUAUAUUUUUAGAUAUAGUUCAAACGUUCGAAUUCUAUAGUAAAAUAUACUUAUAAGUAUUUUUUGAUAUUCAGUACUCGAAUUGAGAGGGGAAACACAGAGGAGAAGAACUCCUCUUCUUUAAGAUUUUGAGUGGAUCGUGGAUCGAAGAAGCUAAUAUAGUUUUAUAGUAUUUAUUUCUUUUUUCUGUGGACAACUUUACUACCAACAAUAUUGCUCCGGUUUACAAUGAUAGCACUUUUAAUGAAAGGAAAUUUGACUAGAAAGGUACUUUAGAGAGAUAAUUUUUUGAUUUUUUCCAAAAGUUUUCCCAAUAAACGGGAAAAACAUAGGAAAACGGAAAAACAAGUAAAAUAUUAAACAAGUAUUGUUGAGGAAAAUAUAUAAUACAUAUGUAAUUAUUUUACCAUAAUAUGGGAUACAUAUUUUUGACAUAGCAAUACUGUCAACCGAACUCUGUUCAGAAUCGUUUUUUUUUUUUUUGUUAGCAAUAGUUAAUCGUUGCUUACAGAUAUACAUUAAAUUACCUAUACCAGUGGCUGCACCCAUCCCCAAUAUCCUAAGACAGCUUUUUACUUUUAUUUUAGUAUCCCCUUAAUAAUUAUUUCUAUUUGAACGAAGGAAUGGUACAUCUAUUUUUGCAAAUAAUGAUAUUUUUUUUAAAAAAAAACAAGUAUUACAUCUACUUAGAUGUAUUCAAAUAAAUAAUUAUUUUUUUGAAUUUUAUAUUAUAUUAUCAUAUACAAUUUUUUAAAAAAAAAUUAAUUUUAUUAUCGUUUAGUCUUAAUAAUUUUUUAUAUUUAGAUUUAAUUUUUAUCCUGCAUGAUAGGUAUUGUAAAAUUCGAAUAAAAUUUCAUUGUGUUGUUGUGAAAGGGCGACAUUUUUUUAGCUAGAAUGCCCAACAGACUACCCAAAUGAAUUCAAAGGAUGCAAUUUUGUAUACACGUGAAAUAAAUAUUAAUGAUGUGCCUUUCAGGGUUUUCAACCGCCAAUUUAUAUGGUGUUCGUUUAAUAAUAUUGUUUUGCAAAGAAAAAUAAUUCCAUAAUAGAAAAUAGGCGAAGGAAAAUUCGACUCUAAUGAUGGAGUUCUACUGCUAACGGUUAUAAUAAAUUAUUUUGUUUUCCGUUCAAUCGAUUCGUGCGUAUAUAUGUUCAUGAAAAAACCGUGGUGAAAUGUUUGGGUUUUAUUCGAUAAUAAUUUGAACGGUUCUGGAAUUAUAAUAAAACUGCCCAAUGAUUUAUCGCCUCGGAUACCCGGUGGAUAGUUAUUAUUAUUUCCUCCCCCUUCCACCUUUCUUACCCGCGUACCGAAAACGCAAUCGUUGCGUUUAUACGCAUACGACCCCGUGUCUUACUGCUAUAGCGAGGUGUGCGGCCGUUGCGGUAUAAACCUUAUAACCCGCGCGAAAAAAGGUCGUAUCCUCGCGGAAACGACCGGAAGCGCACACCCGCAAAAAAACAAUAAAUACACGUAUAAUACGUCGCGAAAAGGCGGCGUUUUCCGUUUGUUUUUUUGCCUUUGCAUGUCUGCGAAAAUAAUCAUUACUAUCGUGUAGUAUAUAUAUAUACUACAGCCGUUAUUAUCAUCGCGCUCGCACCGUGGUCGUCGUCGUCGUCGUCGACCGCGAUAAACGAGCGGUCGCCGAGGUGUCCGCGCCGAGGAGCCCCUCCCAACGCCGACGCCUCACCCCACUGCGGCCAGGGGCCGAAGGGAUCCGCGCGACGCGCGCGCGCGACGGAUAAUUGCCGCCGCGGCGGUCGUAAAAUUGACGGUGGCGCGAAGAUGGUCAAGGGCUCGUCGUCGUCGGCGCGUCGCGCGCAUUAAUACUAUUUAAACGGUGUCUGGUGCGGCGGGCCGGCGGCGUGCACGCAUUAUUAUCAUUAUUAUUACUGUUGUUGUUACAAAAUAAAAACGCGCAGCCGUUGGCCGCGCCCCAGACCUUGACGCCCGCCUAUUCGAGGCGGCGGCGGCGUCGGCGUCCGAAACGGUUCUCCGCGAUAAUGCCGUGUUACGGCCCGACGGACCCUGGACGACACGCCGACGUGAACGCCGCACCAGUCGACCGCCGACUGUCCGCCGAACUCGCGUCCGUCACUCCGCGCAUUGCCGUGUCACCGUGUCCACGUGUAUUCAUGGCGCCGCGCUGCACGUUUUACAACGCCGCCGUACACGCGCGUACGUAACAACAACAAUAUUACUAUUGUGUACCGGCUGUACGUCGUUGACGCGCCGCCGUGAUUGCCGUGCCGGGCCGUUCUUUUCGGCCGCGUCCCGCCGCAAACCAAUGGGAUGGCAGUCGCGUUUACCGUGUUACACUCCGCCAUCGCCGAGCACGCCGAACAGGUAUUAAUAUACGCAAUAGGUACUCGGUGUUUGGACACAACGUUAUUAAUGAAAUAAUGAAGUAAAAACGAAAUUAUUAAAAUGGUUAAUACUACUCGUCAAUAAAUACGUAAAUGAAAAAUAUAUUUAUAAAAACGAAUGAACGCGUCGCCUGGAGUAUUAUGAUUAAACGCAUUUUACGGCCGGUUUCGAAUUGAAAAUUCAUCAUCAGUUUUUGAAGAAUUACACACACACACUCAAUGAAAUAAAGAAAAAUAAUUUUAAUAAUAUUUUAAAUGUCCAAACAAAUUUUAAAAAUAAUAUCUUGUAUCAAUGCGUUUUAGACAAUAAAUAAUAACCAAAUAAUUUAUAUUUCUGAACAUAUCUAUGUCUAAUAAUAACUUAUUUUAAAUAAUCUCUUUUAUAAAAGUAAAUUAUUUCUAUAUUCUAUGUAAAACGACCAAUUCGUAUAAUUUUUUUCUAUGCAUUCCUUCAUUUCAUUUUUUUUCUUCAGUCACGUUUUACAUUUUCACUGUAAUAUACUUGAUGAUGAAUUUUCAAUUCGAAACCGGUCAUACAAUACACUCAUCAUAACACUCCAGGUGACGCAUUCAUUAAUUUAAUUAUUUUAUUUUUAUGCAUACAUUUUUUAUUUAUAUAUUUAUUUACUUUACAAUAUUAUUGUUCCUUUUACAUGUGAAAAUGAACGCGCAUUUCAUAUUCGCAUAUGUCGAAUCCGAGAUGUUGAAAAUUCGCUCCCGUUCGUCUUUCGUUAUUUGCAUAGAACGAAUGCAUUCGCCGUUCCUUAGAAACAAAAACGAUCGUAUUGUACUCCUCUGAAAAAAAAUUAAAUCCUACGAACGAUUUAUUUCCCAAACACUGACAAUACCGUAGCCGACACUUCUUAUACGCGUUUCCUUUCGCGGAUUUUCAUAACCUAACUGACGCGACGACCGAAAUUCACUUUUUCGUACUACACGAACAAAAACGUGUGUCGCGUCAUACGCGCGAAAACCGUCUGAAACGGAACUCCAACAAGGACCGAAGAAAAUUAUCGCCACGGAUUCACAGUUUUCCGGCUGAAAUCAUUGAAAACCCGUCGCGCGAAAUCUCCGAUUCCGGCACCGUUCCAAGGCGUUUUCGUUUUAGACGGGUUUCGCUGUGUUUAAACGCAUAAACGAUAAUUCUAUAUAGUUUCCAGCAUAGCUGUAUAUAUAAUUCGAAUACCGUUUAUAGACACGCACGUUUUGCACUACAACGACGUUCCCAUUCGCGAUGCCGUUUGUCCGAUCGUUUUUGUCCGCGACGUAUUUCGCGUUAACGCGUCUCGUAUAGCGGACAGCUGUGGAAAAUAUGUCUUGUAGAUUUGUCACCGAACGGCUUAAUUACGUACGUACUCACUCGUUUUACGUGUAUAUUUCUAUACAAAUAUGUAGUAAACAUUUAUUACGAGUUAUCUCGAAAGUGCCGAAAGGUUUAUGUAUGGACCACUUUCGGAGACCUUUCGUUACCACCUCGAUUUGCUGAUGGCCCAUAUUUUAUUUCAUUUUUUUUUCGUACUUCACGGAUUACGUAUUAACAUGAGCGCCAUUAUGUACGAUAAAUGUAUAAUCAUGAAGCAAUAAACUCCGAUUACUAUAAAAAUUGAUUUACAUUAAAUACUGUUUUCAAUUGUGUAAAUAUGGCUUGGCGGAUCAUCGCUAAAAAUCUCGAGGACCCUAGGUUAGAAAUUGCUGCUAUACUAUAUCAUUUAUAUACGACAAUGCUGUUUUCAGUUCUUAAUAUUACUAUUUCAAGCGUAAUAAUUUACAAUCGAUGAUCUUUAUUUUUUUAUAAAUUCGUUUAGGAACGAACCGCAAAAUGAUAUGGCCACUCAAUAAUCGUUUUUCCCCACAUCCCCCUUUUACGUUUUUAUUUUUGAUUAAAAGUGUUUAACGCGCCCGAAAGACAACUUAUGUUUUUUUGAUUAUUUCUUCCAUUCAAACGCCAAACUAAACCUGUUUUUCCGACGUAUUAUUUCCCAACGAGCCAAAUAUCAAAUCCAUCUGAAAUUCGUAAUCUAAAGUAAUGUAACAUAUAAUUUGGGUUCAGGUCAGCGAUGACACGUUAACUUUGCAAUAUGUGACUAGAGAAGUAUUUUAAAAAUUAUAAAAGCAAGAAGAUGUUAUAAUUUAUACAAUUAAAAACGGGAUGUUUCGUGUGGUUUAUUUAGAUUUUAGUUUUUAGAAAUUAUUUUGAAUAAUUUGAAAAUAUUUUUUUACAUAUAAAUACCUACGCAUUUGUCUGAAACGCAUCGAUACUGUAUUUUGAACGGAACUCGAUUUAGGAUUUUUAAAUACGGCAUUUAUAAUAAAAUAUGUGUACAGUUAUUUGUAUAUAUAUAUACAUAAUUUAUGUAUAUAUAGACGAGACAUGACUUGGCGCCACUGGAUAACAAGAUUAUAUAAAUCAACUAACUAAAAAAUUAACGUUGUACAAAUUAAAUGUAUUUACAAAAACAUACAAAAAUUAUUUAAAUAAAUAUUCCCGAGUUCAUAUUGUUCACAGUGCAGUAAUAUAGAUAAACCUGAAUAUGAAUGUGCUGUUUAUAAUAAAAUUAACGUAGACAAGUUGUUUGAAAAAAGUUAAUGUUUUAUCCACUGGGUGAUAUGCUAAAAUUAUUUCACGCAUUUCAUCGCUUGGUGUUCAGUUCGUGAUCAAAACUAUUUUUACAUACUCAACAAUUCAAACAAAUUAAGCUCUUAAAUAAAUGUAUAUUGAUCAACACACGUGGGUGUGAAAAAAUUGUUUUAUAUACAGUUGUGUACCAAGAUAUUUCCAAUGGGAGAAAAUGUAACAAAUAAUAAUCGUAAAAUUCAUAAUUAAUGGUAAUCUAAAAUUCGAAUCCUAAAAAAAACGAAUUUCAAUAAAUCAAUAAAUCGAGCUUUUUUCCGUUACAUGACUAAAUAAUAUGCAUUUCGAUAUUAAAUUACUUAUAUAUUUUUUUAUUUGUAAUCCAUUGGGAGAGAUAUAACCCCUAAUUUGUCCCUCUGCGUAUGCAAUUGUUUACAUAUAUGGUAAAAUAAGUACAUAUUCAAGGCUUCUACUGAAAUACUCAAUAUAAAUAUGUUUUGUUAUGUUCAGUGUUUUCUUAUAAAUAUCAUUCAUUUUGACGUUUAACUACAGUCGUAUAUAAUAUAAUUAUAUCCUUAAAUUUUGAAUAAUAAUUUGUAUACUAUAGAUCAUAGUAUUGUAACAAUAGCUGAUAUUUAACAUGCGUGAACGAUAAUGUUGGCCGUUAUUAUAGAACGCAAAUUAUGGGAAAAAAACCGGUGGUUGGAAUUCCACUACUACCCCGGCCCCAGCCUCAGCUUGGUCAAGGCAGUCGUCUAUGAGCAGAAAGCAGUCGGCAGCCGACGCUAGCGAAUUAGCUUCAGCCACUUCUGGACUUAACAUAGCCAAGUCGUCUACCACUAGAGUAAUAAGGAUCAUUAAUAAUUUCGACCACACGGUACAGGUCAGUGCUGCAUUGACAUUUUACUUAAAAUUUAAUUAGUUUUUACGAUAUAUUAGUGAAAUUAAAGUGCAAAAUUUGUUCAUUGGUUUAGAAUAAUUUCAGAAGAAAAAACACUUAUAUAAAUUUAUAUAUAUUUAAAGUAAUAGGUAAUAGAAUAUUCGAAAAAUAACUAUUUGUUUAUGGAGUUUCUAUACAUCAUUUUUAAUAACGAUCCCCCAACUCCCUAAAUAAAAAAAACACAUCUGUAAAACUAAUUAUUAGCACUUAUACUACAAAGUAGUAACAAAGUAUUCAAAUCAAAAUUAAAUAAACAUUAAUAUACAUAAAAUGAUUGAAAAAAUAGGUUACAAUUUUUUUUUAAUGAAAAAUUGAGAAUACUCAAAACAAUAAGUAAACAUACAAUAACCUUAAAAUACAAUAUUUUAUUUUUUCAUUUUUGAGUCCUAAUAAAGUCAUUAGGUACUUACACUUAUUGAUCAAAUUUGUCAAGGUUCGGUAUGAUAUUUGUAUUUAAAGUAAGUAUCAAACGUUCAAGUUUGACAAAAUUAAAAAUACGACCUUGGAAAAUAAUUUUGAUAGUAAAUAAUAUAAUCAGUUCACUCGGCACCGUUAUUGAACUGUUUCUCUGUUUUAAUAGUAAACGGUCACCGUAUACUAUUAUUAUUAUGAUAUAACCUCUAUACACGCAUGUACCUGUUUUGCAUAAGUCGAACGCCUGCCAGAAUAUUGUGUGUUAAGUAAGAUCCAACAAUAAUAAUAAUAUAUUCAUAUCGCAAUAAUGUGUUAUGGGGAAAAAUAAUUUACGAAACACACAAUACUUUGUAUUAUUAUAUAUAAUAUCUAUGUCCUAUUAUUUCUACGGUCAUACAACAAUAGAGCAAAAGCAAAAAAUCGAAUACAAAUACGAGCAAAAAUAUAUAAUAAAUAAUAUACAUAAUUAUAGAAAUUAAUUAAUAACCGUACUUUUAAAAUUCUUGUAAUGAAAAAUUGUGUGGAUCAAAUGUGUGAUCUAUAGAAGUGAACAAAAAAUAAUUGGAUCAACAGAAGAUGACGGACUCACUUUAUUAUAACAAACGUUUCUCUUGCUGUGACUGAAUAAACUGCAUGGUUAAAAACGUUAAAGCGUUAAACAUGCGUGGUAUUGGAACACCGCCGAACGACUAAACCCAAAUCGUAAUCGCGAACUUUAACGAAUUCUCAUAGCCUUACUUAGGAAGUCUAGGGCCCGCGCUAAUUUUUUUAUGGGACCCUUAAAUUAAGUUAUAAAUUCAGUUUUUUCUCUUAUCUAGUUCCGUAACUAAAUAAUCAAUUAUAAUAUAAAAAGUUUCAACCUCUAAUUUUUAGAUUCUGAACGGAGAGAGGAAUAUAUUGGUUUGACUAUGAUGUUUAUUUUCGUUUACCUGUAGACAACAUUUCUAUCAGCAGCUUUUCUCCAAUUUUCAGAUAUAGAACUUUUUCUUAAAUGAAAUCUGACUAGGGUAAUACUUUAAGGUGGUUAUUUUUUAUUUUUUCCAGGAGUUUUUCCAAUAAAUGGAAAAACAUGGUAAAAACAGGGAAAAUACGGGAAAAUAGAAAUAAUAUCAAACAAAUAUUAUUAAAGAAAAUAUAUAAUGUAUAUGUAAUUACUCUAUCAUAAUGUGAUAUAUACAUAUAUUAUAUUUUUGACAAAUUAACACUAUUAAUUGAACUUCGUUCAGAAUUGUUUUUCGUUAGCAAUAGUUAAUCGUUGCAUAAAGAAACAUUAAAUAUCCCUUCUAUCUUCCCAACUUCUUACCUACAAUAGUGGCACAUCUAUAUGGCGAAGUAUGUCCGACUUUCAAACUUUACAAAUAUUUGAACAUUUACAAAAUUUACGAUUUCCUAACUUAAUUUUAAUAAAUAAUUUUAUCGAAUUUUAUCACUGAUUAAAUAAGAAUUUAGAAUUCUGUUACAAGUGGUACUUUUAGUAAAUAUUUUGUAUUUUCACAAACUUAAACAAAAAAUAAUUUUAAAACCAAGUUAAUAUAUAUGGGGGCUUCUUAUUAUGUCAGAACCCGAGGUCACAGCUCCCCUAACCAUCUCUAUAUAGGGCUCUGCAAAUCCUAAAAAAUAUAUUAUUUUGUAGUUUCAUAAAGUAGUAAAUGUAUUACACUAUCCGUUCGUAAUCUCGAACUCAUCAAUUUCUAAAAUAUUUCACUGUAAUUUUCCAUAGGAUAAUCUAAUAUAUAUUACACUCGUGUAAAAUAUUUAGAAGACGAAAGUUGAAAAAUAAUUCAUGAAAUGCUUGUAGGAAAUAUAAAAUGAUUUCGCUCUAUAUGAUUUCAUUUGUAUUUAUAUUCGCUCAUUUUGUUUUCGUUCUUUUGCUUUCGCUCUAUUUUUAGGAUAUCUAUAUCUACAGAGUGAUCUGCCUAUCAUUAACCAGCGAUUUUCUCAAAAGGAUUUUUAAGGACCUGUUUGUUUAUUUUUUCAAUUAUUAUGGAAAUAUUUAUUCUUUAUUUUAACGCUAUUUGAAAUUGUUAAACCUAACCCCUCCCCCCACUUCUUUUACCUUAAAUUAAUAGGUGUAUACUAUGAGUUUUCAAAUAAGAACCGUCUUUCCCUUUGAACACCGACUUAUUAAUAUAUUUUUAUGCACAACACUUACGCUCUAUGAGAAAUUCGCUGGUCCAUGCUAAAUGGAUCGCCCAUGUCUUCUUAGAUGUGUUUAUACAUUAAGGACGAAAAAACAAUCAUUAAUUUAUUAAUUAAUAUUAAACAAUUAAUUUAUCAUUGAAAUAAUCUAUUCGAAAAUUGACGAUGAUAUACUAUCCUGCAGUGUCGUGUAUUACUAAAUCUGAGGACCACCCAACCGUUCGAGGAGGUCGUCGAGGAUUUAGGGCAUGUGCUCAAAAUGAACAAUGCAAAGCGCAUGUUAACAGUGUCUAAUCAAGAAGUAAUUAUAAUAAACGUUAAUAAUAAUAACAUAAUCGUUUACUUAUAAUAUACCGAUAUCAUGUUAUACGUAAACUAUACAUAUGUAUGUAUUCGUAUUUUUUAUGUUCAGGUCCGUAGCUUUUCUCAACUAAGAAAUGAAUUUUCCGACGUGGAUACGUUUUAUAUCACGUCCGAAUCACGUUUACUCUCGCCACCAUUUAGACGGUCAAGAUCCAGGGGCGCACUAGCCGUCGAGCCGAUUUUAAACACAGUUCCUGUGAAGAACGAGAAACAAAGGAGGACGAGGAGUAAAAGCCGGCCUCGUGCACUAUACGUAGCCGAUACAGAUAUCGUCAAAGUACCGCCAGGUAUGUAUGGAACGAAUAAUAUAAAAAAAAAAAAUUGAAAAGCAUAAGAUUUUAACUUCAAAUAAUAAUAAAUUCGAACUCGAUAGAUUAUACGGUUUUAGAUGUUAUGAAAGAAGAACCGAUUCGUGUACAAAUAAGAGGAGCGAGAAAAACAUUUUACCCGCCGUUAGUUCAUCCACCGGCAGACGACUCACCGCCGGACAAAAGAUUGACGUUAAAUUGGGUGUAUCCUUUUCCAUAAAUAUUUUAAAAUCUAAUAAUAAUAAUAAUAUAUAAUGCGUAUAAAAUACAGUGUUUGGAAAAUUCCUUUUUUUUUCUUUUUUUAAAUUUUACACUAGAAUAUUUCUUUGAAUUAACAAAGAAAAACAGCUACAUAUUAUUAAUAGGUUACCAAAUUUAUCAGAAUGGUGGCUAUAGCUAAACUCUAUACAUUGAUUUUGUUCUUUGAUUCAUUGGUGUCACAGCCAAUGAAUGAAGAAACUUUUCUUUUUUUUUCUUUUGAAUUCAACCAUUAAUGGGAUACUAAUUUUCUAUUAGCCAUUCCUUAAAAAUAAAAUAAAUGUAUCUUUAAGAAUGCAUUAUUUCCAAACACAUUGACCAAAUACGUAAAAUAUAAUAUUAUUUAUAAGUUUUCCUUUACUCGAGAUGUAUUGAAUAUAAUGUAUAGUUAUGGGUACCGAGGGACUGAUACGAGACGAAACCUGUGGGUAUUGCCUACUGGCGAACUCCUAUACUACGUAGCAGCCGUAGCUGUGCUUUACGAUAGAGACGAAGAUUCGCAAAGACAUUAUAUCGGACACACCGAAGACAUCCAAUGGUAGGUUUUCUGAAAAAGUCGUUUACAGCGUUUUGCAGCGUACAGUUAUUUAGAUGUUAUUAAAUGCAAUUAAUCUCUGUUUAUCAUAAUAUACAGUAUGGAUAUACAUCCCUCCAAAGAAAUGGUAGCAUCGGCACAAAAAGCCGGCAGAACGCGUAAAACACAGGCUCAUAUACGAAUUUGGAGUCCCGAAACUUUGUACACGUUGUACGUAGUCGGUAAUGGAGAAUUUGAAGAAGGAGUCAGCGCUCUAGCGUUUUCUCAGCUCGUAUGUUAUAGGGUUUUUUUCACAUUUUUUAUGUACACAAAUAAAUUACUAUAGAUAUAAGUAUCUUAAAAAUAUAUCAUUUCGUAGACCGGCGGAAAUUAUUUGUUAGCUGUCGAUUGCGGAAGGGAAAAAAUGUUAUCCGUGUGGCAGUGGCAAUGGGGUCAUUUAUUAGGAAAAGUAGCUGUAAGUGCUUACUACAAUAUGUAUUUAUAAUUUUGACUAAAAGCGAACACUUGUAAUUUCUAUUUUACUCGCACAGACAAUGCAAACUGAAGAUAUAUUAGGUGCAGCUUUUCAUCCGUUGGACGACAAUUUAAUGAUCACUUACGGAAAAGGUCACCUGACAUUUUGGACUAGACGAAAAGAUGGAUUUUUCGAAAAAAUCGACAUCAUAAAAGCAGUAAUAAAAAAAAAAUUAAAUUUCAAUAUUGAUGUGAUUUUCUCUCUUUGAUUUAUACGAUUUGUAUAUGGUUAGCCUUCGAGGACGAUUGUCACUAGCUUACAGUUCGAACAAGAAGGUGACGUAAUAACGGCUGACGGUGACGGAUUCAUUACGAUCUAUUCAGUGGACAGCGACGGCGCAUAUUACGUCAGGAUGGAGUUCGAGGUUAAUAACAAUAACAUAAUAUAAACGAAUCGUUUUUGUUUCUUGAGCACGAUGCUACCCUACUUUCGUUAUCGUUCUAGGCACACAACAAAGGCAUAAAUGCUUUAAUCAUGCUACCGGAAGGCACUCUAUUAUCCGGUGGCGACAAAGACCGUAAAAUUAUAGCUUGGGACUCGCUACAAAAUUACAACAAAAUUACUGAAACAAAAGUACAACAUUUAUAGCUCUAAAUAAUAACAUUACAUAUUAUUUAAUUAUUUUCAUUUAAUAUCGCGCUCGGUUUGGCAGUUAACAGAAGUUUACGGCGGUGUGCGAAGCCUAUAUCCUCAACGGCCCGGUAGGAACGAUGGCAACAUAUACGUGGGCACUAUCAAAAAUAAUAUUCUAGAAGGAUCGAUGCAGAGGAGAUUCAAUAGAGUAUGGCGAGCAGUGUUCAAAUAGAUUUGAGAAACUUGUAUGUUGACAUAUUUCGUACAACUUUUUUUACAGAUAGUAUUUGGGCACAGUAAGCAGUUAUGGGGUUUAGCAGUUCAUCCGGACGACGAACUUUUCGCUACUGCCGGUUACGACAAAAAUAUAUGUCUUUGGAAAAGACACGCAUUAUUAUGGAACACCCAAGUAAGUAUACGAGGUGUGGCUAAUAAAUAACGAGACUGAUAUUACUACAACGAUCUGUGCAUCCGCCAAAGGUAGACCAACAGAUGUGCAUCGUUAAUCGUCCUCUCUCGAUUUUCGUACCUUCUAUUUUUGUAGUUAUAUUAUUCGGGCCGGAAAAAUGACAGGUGUUUUAAUAGAGAAACGAAUUAUCGUCAAAUUUUAUUUGAAACUUGGAAAAACUGCUACUGAAAUUUAUCGUUUGUUUAAAAUAACUAUACAACAAUCAAUGGUCAUCACGUGCUCGAGUUGUUAAAUGAUCCAAGAUGACCGAGAAGACGUGGAAGAUAAUGCACGUCCGGGAGAUAAAAAAAGGGUGUAUAUUAAAAGGAAAUAUAACUACUUAAAUAUGUAUACUAUUAAAAUAAAAAGUUGUACAGCAUCAGUCUCGUUGUUUAAUAGUUGACGCCUCAACUGACAAAGGAAAAAAAAAGAUUAUCAAUUAUUAAUUUAUUAUAUUAAGAGCAGCAUACGUAUUUAACAAAAAAUAUUAAUUUGUUAUACAAACAUAUAUACUCGUGUAUAUACAUAAAUAGCUCCAACAAUCUGUACAACCUUAUGCACGAGGUUAGUUAAACUAUUUGAAAUUACAAUUAAUUAAUAAACUAACACAAGUUUUAGAAUAAGUUAUUCGAGGCUAAGUGAUUCGUUUAAAUUAUUUAUUUUAAAAGAACUUUAACAUACCUAAUCUAGUGAAAAAAAAUGUAUAUCAUUAAACAUGUAUCUACCGUAACUGCAACAAUAAUAUCUGAUAAAUUGUCUACAAAUAUAUGAAGAGUACAAAAUAAAAUGUAAUCCAUUUUUGAAAAUUAUUCAUCUAAUCAAAACUUCCCUACACAGCUGCGUGGGCUAUAUGAUUUUUUGACCAGUACAUCCCAUAAUAUCCAAUUGAAACCUUUUUUUCACCUGAUUUCCAUCAGAUGUUCCUUCAACAUUCGAUGAUAUAGUCUCGAAACAUUAUCAAAUGUUACCAUCAUCUCGAAAUUGUAAAAAAUGGACUUCUAUACCAUUCUUUCCCCAUGCCCUUCGUAUAUUUAUAAUCUUAUAAUAUUCUACAAGAUUAUCUCGCCGUUCAAUUUUUUUGAAUUAUAUUGAAAUGAUUAUAUUAAAUUAUAUUAUUUUGAAUUUCCACUUAUUUUAUAGCUGAAUUACUCAGUAUUUCUCGAACUUAAUCAAGAGAAAUCCAUAAAAGAAGUAAAAUUGAACGUGUCUCCUUUGUUCCCUUAUUAGUUAUCACACUAUGAUACUAUAAUCAUACUAUAUUAAUAGAUGAACCGUUUUUUCCCGAUAAUUUAUCUUUCAAAAAGAGUACUUCAUUAUAUAUGUUAUUAUUAUAUAUGUCAUUAUAUAUGACAGUAAAAUAAAAUAAUAACUGUUUUUCUCACACGCGUCACUAAAAUAUACUAUAAACUAAUAAAAAAAAAAAAAAAUGUAAUUUUCGUUUCAAAAAUACAUACAGACAGAUAUAAUUUUACUUUUAAACGCGAGAUAUUUUUGUUUAAAUGAUUAUAACAUAUGUCUAAUAUUAUUAUAGAUUACAUACGAAUGCGUAUCACUCACAUUUCAUCCGUUUGGCACUGCUCUCGUGGCCGGUUCCGUCGAAGGAUAUUUGAUUAUUUUGAACGCUGAAAACGGAUCUGUGGCAUCCAGCGUUAGAGUGUGCGGCUCUGCAUUGACGUGCAUGGGUUUCAAUCCGGGUAAUGCAUAUAAUUAUUGUACGUCAUAAUAAUAAAAUAACUUGUUAUACCAGAAUUUUAAAAUGUACGGUAAUUAUAAUAAUAUUAUCAUAUGAAUAUAUUAUUAGAUUAUUGCUGUUAUAACCUAUAAUCAUCUUUAUAGUAAAUUCUAAUAAUAUAAACGGAUAAUUAUUUCAGCCGGUGACACGAUAGCCAUUGGUUCUCAGAACGGCAGUGUUUAUCUCUACAGAGUGAGCAGAGACGGUUUUCAAUUCAAAAAGUCGAAUAAAAUAAGAGGCGUACAACCUUUGGUGCAUUUGGAUUGGAGUAACGACGGAAAUUAUCUCCAAACAGUCACUGCUGAAUAUGACCUUGUUUACUGUACGUAUCAUACUAUACGACAAUGACCGUAUUAUAUGUACCUUGAUAAAAACGUGUUUAAAAUUUUCAACUUUUUUAGUUUUUGAUUCUGGAUUUUUAGUUUUUAAUAUGGGUUAUAUUUUUUUGGUCUUUCGAAAAUUCUCGAAAACCAGGUCUCUACGAUUAUGUUUGAAUGAAUUGAAAUGAAAAAAAUCUAAUCGAUGCUAACUUAAUUCAGUAUUAUGUUAAUAUUCCCGUUUGUCCCAGGUUUUUAACAACGAUUAAGAAAACUACUGGAAAUAUUAAAAAUUACUUCGCAGUUUAUCAAUCAGACAUAAUUUGGUAUCUCAAAGACUAUUCUUUUUGUUGGUGAUCGGAAUAAGAUAACUGGUAAAAUAUUUUAUAGCAGAUGCCAGAAAAAAAGACCAAUAAAUUCUCCGUGUUGAAACACGAACAAUAUUGUAAUUUAUUUUUUGUUAAAAAUAAAAAAAUCAAUCCCGAUCAAAUUAAUUUUUCGUAUUACAGUAUAUAACUAAAUUAGUCACCUUCUAUAAUAUCCAACCUUUCCGACUUCCCACCUACAACAAUAUCUUAUAUCUUUUUAGAAUAGCAGCCGUGAAAUGUUUAAUAUUAAUUACAAUAUUAUUGUAAAUCGUUUAUGAAAUUACUGUUUUAGGGGACGUCAAAGGAUUGAUUCAAGAAAAAAGCGCGUCCGCGAUGAAGGACGUCAAGUGGUAUACAUACAACGCGUCUAUAGGAUAUUUAAUUUCGGGUAAAUAUAAAUAUGCUGUACUACGUAUUUAAGCUUUCCAGUGAUUUAUUUUUUUUUCAAUUACAACAAUAAUACAAUACAUCGAAUAUAUAAAAAAUAAUGUUUUAGAUAAGUUGUACAUACAUGACUAAGUAGAUGACAACUAAAAAAUUAUGAUGAUAACUUGCCAUAACCCCACACGUUCGAUGCCCAGAGAGUGUAGUUCACCAUUUCCCAUUGGUCCAUGACAAUAUGGGUGCGUCAGUAAUUGUUUAUCACAAUAUAAUUUUGCCAAUAAACGUGAUAAUGAAAUUAAAAAAUGAAUAAAAUAUUUCUUUUUUCUUUUUAAUUAAUAUUUUAUUACUACAUAAUUUUACAGUUGUUAUUUACAGAAUUUCAUAUUUUUUAAAUUUUACAUUGAUAGUACUUAAUAAUAAAGUUGGAUCUAAAUGAUUGGAUCUUACUGAAAAUUGUAACACUUAAUGUGGUAUUUUUUUUAAAUAAACUAUAUGUUUAAGAAGGUUCGUUAAAUAUUUCAUAACUCCUGUUAUUUUUCAUAAAUGAUCUCUGUUAAGUUUUUAAAAUUCUACAUUUUUUUUUUUUUUUUUUUGAUUAUUUUAUACAAGGAAAUCCCGUAAUUAAAAUUAAUAAUAAUACUAUUAUUAUUUUAAAAAUCAUAUGUUAUGAUCAUGAACAAAAAUUAUAUUAGAUUGAUAGUUACAGUUAGGUUACAAUAUACUAUCAAUACAAAACUAUCAUGCAUUAGUGUAUUAUAAUUUAUAGGACUUGGUACUGUUAAUUUUUGUUUUGGCGGAAAAACGUUACAUCAUAUUAAGUGAAUUACAAGUGAACAUGGCGCGUUUGUAGUCAUCAUACCUAUCUACUUAGUCUUAUGUAUGUAUAUACAGGAUGAUUCUCUUAGCGUGCUCACCCCAUCUUUUUGAUUACACUUUGCAUAUAUUCAUAUUCUGAUAUUUGGAAUUUUUAAAUAUAGUUAAAGCCGAUAAUUUCGAAUACUUAGAUUUUCCACAACAUUUAAGUCCAGUGGCGAUACCGAAUUCGGUUUUUCAAAUGAGAACCUUUAUUGAAAUUGCAUAAACAGACGGGGUAUUACUUUAAAUUAAUGUUAGCAAUAGUUUAUCGUUGCUUACAGAUAUACAUUAAAUUUGCCCACUACUACCUUCCGAUUUUCUCACCUAUAACAGCGGCUGCCUCCGUUUUUGAAUAUCUAUCUGUUACAUUAAUAGAAUUGUAUACACGGAAAGCAUUGUUUUAGAUCAUCGCCAUGAAAAUGCAUUUUGAAUUGUAAUCACGAGCUUGUUGAAUUGGUAUAGUAAUUCUGUCGGACGAUAUUUAUUUUCAUUAUAGGUAUUUGGCAUAACAGAUUUUAUCCAACCUCGUCAAUGAUAAGCACUGCCAACAGAUCAGCCGCCCACGAUCUUUUUAUAACAGGAGACACGGAUGGAUAUCUUCGGCUGUUUAGGUAUGUAAACAAAUAACACAUUUUAAAUGCAAUGAUUCUGAAUUUUAAGCAAAACGCAUUUUGUCGGACUUGCUAUCAUUUUCCCGAACUUACAAUGAAAAAUAGUAUUUAAACACAUGCGUACCUAUUAUUUUAGAUAUCCGUGUAUUCUCACCAAAUCCGAGUACAACGAGGAAAAAGUUUAUAGCGGACAAGUUUCGAGUGCCAGAUUUUUGUACAACGACCGAAACGUGGUGACCGUCGGAGGAACAGAUGCUGCCCUAAUGUUAUGGGACGUAAUAGAAGAUUAAGAAGAAGUACGAAACGCUUUACAAAAUAUUUUCGUUUACAUUUUUUUCGACUCGAGCACAAUAUUCGAAUAAUACCUGUUCUUCGUCAAUUUUUUUCUUCCGGCCCAUUCGGUCGACGACGUGGUGAGAUUGAAAACGCGAAACAAAUAUGGACGGAUGGAUAAAACGAGUGAGAGCACGUCGGAACGUCUGUUUCAAAAACGAUACGUAUGCGAGGUGCGCGGAAAGAUGAAAAAUCACAAAACGUCAUGUCCGUCAAUCGGUUCGGGUUAUUUCGAUAACAAUAAGUACCUAUCCGUUUUAUAGCUAAGUUACCGUUUUUAUAGCAAACUUAUAUUGUCGAUCGCACAAAUUGUUCUACUAUUAUUUUAUACUUUGAAUUUUUAUCGAUACCCCCACUGCUUCGUUUUAUAUAAAAUAACAUUAUUUAUAUAUAUAUAUACAGUAACGCAGUUUGACAUUUUGUUCGACGAGCAAAAGAUAUUAUAUUUUUCGAGAUCUGUGAUUCUUAUAUUACUCAUAUUUUAUAGUGUCCUAAUAUAAUUAUAUAUUACCUACGGUUUAUGCUCCGAAACGGAGUUAUUAUUGUACUGUUAAAACGUAUAUUUUGAUAUGAUGUCGGAACCCCGAAAAUGAUAGUUUAUAUACCUACCUAAUAUAGUAAAAACACAUUUUCACUAAAUAUAUAUUAUACAUUUAUACAUACAAUAUGUUACAUAAAAUAAUUAUAUAUACCUAUAUAUCAUGUAUUACACUGCCUAGC